AUGUCGACUGAAGUGCAGACCACGACUGCCGAGCCUCAGACGCUGCAGCUUCGCGCUGAAACGUCUAUCGACUACGACAAAGAGAAGUAUAAGUACGAAAGGUACUUGUCGCACUUCACGCCCGGAACCCAGCCGCCUCUCGAGGAGUUUGAACAUGUCGAUGUUGGCUUGAGAGCAGAUCCCGAGAAGAAGAACUUGUUGCAGGCUCCGGGGGUCAACGCUGAAGAAAUCACGCCCGCUAUCGGCACCGAGAUUCAUGGAAUCCAGCUGAGCAAGCUGAACUCCGCUCAGCUGGAUGACCUGGCUCUUCUGGCUGCGGAGCGCGGCGUCGUGCUGUUCCACGACCAAGAUUUUGCGGACAUCGGGCCCGAGAGGCAAAGGGAAUACGGGAAGCAUUUCGGACCUCUACAUGUGCAUCAGAUGGGCGGUCAGAUCAAGGACUACCCUGAGCUGCUGCCUGUCUAUCGUGACUUCACGGCUGGAGCUGUCGACAAUGAGAUCAAAGACAAUAUCACGAGCGUGAAGUGGCAUAGUGAUAUGAGUUACGAGAUAAACGGCAUGGGUACGACGACGUUCCUUGCGCUGAGCACACCAUCUUCAGGCGGUGAUACCUUGUAUCUUUCCACCACAGCUGCCUAUUACGCCCUCUCAGACACAUACCGUACGCUUCUUCACGGCCUGAAGGCAGUUCACUCUGGCUUCUCUCAAGCCUCGGUGCAUGACCACAGAGAGAGAUACAUCAGAGAACCAAUCGAAACUGUCCACCCUGUGGUCCGGACUCAUCCCGUCACCAAGAAGCUGUCUCUCUACGUCAACAGGCUAUACACCAAGAGAAUUGUUGGUAUGAAGCAAGAGGAGAGCGCGUCGCUUUUGAACUUCUUGUUUGAUCACAUUGAAAGGGGACAGGAUUGGCAUCUGAGAGUACACUGGAAACCUGGAACGGUCGUGGUGUAUGAUAACAGAAACACUCAGCAUUCAGCACUGAGGGACUUCCGUGUGGAGGAGGGAACUACCAGGAGGCACAUGUUGAGGAUCACACCGCAGGCUGAGAGGCCUUACUUUGAGGAAACUAAAGCAGAAUGA